ACGAACUUUUAGAUUGAAGAUCUGCAGGACCAGAACCAGGACUAGGACUCGGAGAUGGACCGGGAUCAGAACCAGGACUCGGAGAUGGACCGGGAUCAGAACCAGGACUCGGAGAUGGACCGGGAUCAGAACCAGGACUCGGAGAUGGACCGGGAUCAGAACCAGGACUCGGAGAUGGACCGGGAUCAGAACCAGGACUCGGAGAUGGACCGGGAUCAGAACCAGGACUCGGAGAUGGACCGGGAUCAGAACCAGGACCAGGAGUCCAGCAUCAGGACCAAAGCGGGAUCUUCCUCUGCUGGUCUGCAGAAACAUAAAGGCAAAGAGAGAACCACAAGUUAUCGCUGUGAUCACUGCAAGAAAGUCCUCACCACUUCAUCAGGUCUGAGAAAACAUAAGAUGAUUCACACUGGAGAUAAACCGUUCACUUGUGAUCAGUGUGGAGCAGCUUUUACCAGACGAGAUAGUCUAAUGACUCACCAACGUAUUCACACUGGAGAUAAACCGUUCACUUGUGAUCAGUGUGGAGCAGCUUUUACUGAGUCAAGUAGUUUAAGGAAUCACAAACGUGUUCACACUGGAGAUAAACCGUUUAGGUGUGAUCAGUGUGGAGCAGCUUUUACUGAGUCAGGAAAGCUAAAGAGACACCAACGUAUUCACACUGGAGAUAAACCGUUUAGAUGUGAUCAGUGUGGAUCAGCUUUUACCCAACAAAGUCAUCUAAGGACUCACCAACGUAUUCACACUGGAGAGAAACCGUUCAGAUGUGAACAGUGUGGAGCAGCUUUUACCACAUCAAGUAAUCUAAUGACUCACCAACGUAUUCACACUGGAGAUAAACCGUUCACUUGUGAUCAGUGUGGAGCAGCUUUUACCAGACAAGAUCAUCUAAGGACUCACCAACGUAUUCACACUGGAGAUAAACCGUUCAGAUGUGAUCAGUGUGGAGCAGCUUUUACUGAGUCAAAUAAUCUAAUGACUCACCAACGUAUUCACACUGGAGAUAAACCGUUCACUUGUGAUCAGUGUGGAGCAGCUUUUAUCAAACAAAGUCAUCUAAUUAGGCACCAACGUAUUCACACUGGAGAUAAACCGUUCACUUGUGAUCAGUGUGGAGCAGCUUUUACCCAACAAAGUACUCUAAGGACUCACCAACGUAUUCACACUGGAGAAAAACCGUUCAGAUGUGAACAGUGUGGAGCAGCUUUUUCCAGACGAGAUCAUCUAAGGACUCACCAACGUAUUCACACUGGAGAUAAACCGUUCAGAUGUGAUCAGUGUGGAGCAGCUUUUACCACAUCAGGUAGUCUAAUAAUUCACCAACGUAUUCACACUGGAGAUAAACCGUUCAGAUGUGAUCAGUGUGGAGCAGCUUUUUCCAGACGAGAUCAUCUAAGGACUCACCAACGUAUUCACACUGGAGAUAAACCGUUCAGAUGUGAUCAGUGUGGAGCAGCUUUUACUGAAUCAGGAAAGCUAAAGAUUCACCAACGUGUUCACACUGGAGAUAAACCGUUCAGAUGUGAUCAGUGUGGAGCAGCUUUUACCACAUCAAGUCAGCUAAAGAAGCACCAACGUACUCACACGAGUGAUAAACUCUAAAGAUGUGAUCAGUAUGGAGUGUGGAAUUGCAAAAAACACCUCAGCACAGCAAAAAAAAAAAAGAAUCAGACGUCAUAUAAACUUGAAAGACUAACAUAUGAUGCCCCCUGGACACCUCCUGGGAAGGUGUUCCUGGCAUGUCCCACCAGGAGAAGAUCCAGGACACACCGGAGGGAAUGUCUUUUGGCUGACCUGGGAACGUCUCUGGAUCCCUCAAGAAGAGCUGGAGGAAAUGUGUGGGGUGAGGGAAGUCUGGACAUCUCUGCUCAGACUGCUGCCCCCACUAACCAGUCCCACAUCAGGUGGAUGGAAAUGGAUGGAUGGACAAAAGCCAUAUAUCUGCAAAAAGCACAUAUUUAUUGUUACACCAUACUGAGAUACAGAAUGUAAUCCGACUAUAGCAUUAACUAUUCCACAAAUACUGCAUUAGCGCAUCUCUAACAUCUCUGCCUUCCUCCUCUCCACCCCGAGCCACUGCCACCACUGGCUGAAGUGGUGCUGCUGCAGGUACAUCCUAUGAUGUUUCAUAAGUCUUUCCAUGACUUUCACACAGUCGGACAUCACAGAAGACUACCUGCUGAAUUCAUCUUCCACAACCACUCGUGCUCGGUUGACUUUGUGCUUAAAGACUGUUCUGCUGUCAGUCGUCCAGUGUCAUGGAAUGGUUUCAAGAGCCAGUCCUGCAAAGGAUAAUUAGAGUCUCCAAGAAGGAAAUACCCAGCAGUCUCUGUAUAUUCCUGAUGUGAGCUAGGAAGAUGUUCCUCCGACUGGCUAAUCCUGUGUAUGUAUUAUAUAUGUAAUCAACCAUUUGUCCUUGAGGGCUGAACUUUCAGGAUCGAUUCCUUGAAUGCUUUGCUAAAUUUGCCCCUUUUUAACAUUUCUUGAUAUUUUGAUGUUAAAUCCACUGUUUUUGGCAAUUUCUGUACAUUUAAUACAUUUCAGUACCCUUUUACCUGAAGUCUCCAUUAACACCAAACUUGGCACUAUUAAUUUUUUGGAUUGUACUUGUCAAGCCUAACAGGUUUGAGGACGAUUUGUCAAAAAACGUAAUCGUACAGGAAUAUAUCAUGUUUCAUAUCAUAUUUACCAAAAAGAUCAUAACAGUGUUAACAUGUGGAUAUUUAGUAAAAUCCAUGAAUAGCGAAAAUAAAACGUCAGAUGUUGAAAAAGUGAUUUGAACUUUGAAAAGUUGCGGUUCUUCACGCACACAUCAAGGCUGGCGUACACACAUUUCUGAGGUUUUGUCCGUUGGCGACACUCACUGGUGAUGCAGUGAAGUCCAGAAUAUGAGGAAACGUGACGUCAACAAUAAGUUCAAUACCACAAGUGAAGGACAUGACAGUCCCCACAUCACCAGUGUUGUGCUACGUCCAGUGAUCAAGUGAACUCUGAACUCAUAAAUGUUUGUGAACAUUUUGUUAAAGUGUAUUUCAACUUUAAAAGUCAGUUCAACCCCGACCAGCCUCCUAAAAUGGCCGCCUUGUCCAGAACUACAAGACCAGCAUGCUUUGGGGGCGGUGCCUAAAAGCGGCGCGCAUCCAAUCACAAGUGAGAUGCUGGUGACGUCAUCGCAGACCGCGACCCGCAGUCGACAAAGCCCGCAGCUGCCCGACCCGGAUUCCGAGGAGGCGUGAGCUCAUGAGCCCUGGUGAUCAGUAAAACUUAGAGCGGUUCAGAACUGAGAUUACUGCAUACAUCAUCAUCAUUGUGUUCGUUAUGUUGUAGUCGCCAUUUUCUGCCAGUCAUUCACGUUUGAAACGCCCGCGUUUGCCAUCCGGUCUAGUUGCACGUGGCGAGGACGCGUCCAUCUUUAAAAUACCAGAGUCCCGCCAUCUUUAAACACUGCAGCCACGUUGUUUGAACCUGUUUUGUUGGAUCGUGUUUAUUAUUGUUUGAGUCCAUGCAUUUAACUUUCAUUUCAUUUUUAUUGUUGUUGUUUUUUCUUGUUAGUUAAUGGUUUUUGUUUAUCGUAGUGUGCCAUCAGGACUGAUUUUGGGUAUUUAUUUACAUCUGCUUUGGUACCCGUAUGUAAAUAAAUUCUGAUUGAUUUUUAAUGAGGAGUUGUUUGUGUUUCAUACAAUGUUGGUCACAUUGACUGUUUGACAGAGACAGCUGCUCUGGUUCAGACCAACAUGUUGCUUUCAGCUUGUGCUGCUGACAGGUCGGACAUCUGUCGCCAUGACGACCGUAUGUGACGACUACUCGAGAUAAAAGUAAGAUCCUAAAACAUCAAUAACUACGUCUGAGCAGACAAACAUUAAA